UUUUCGGAACGCAAUGAAAUGCGAGGCUCGAAGAGAUGAAUAUGAUGCAGUGCCUCAAGCUCGUAGUCUCACGCCCUCCUCCUUCUCUUAGGUCGUCUUCCUCAUCAGCCCUCCGACCCAAGCCUCUGACAUCCUCGUCCUCCACGUCCUCCUCGCCACCUUCUUGCAUCGGCUACACGCCGUGGUCGGGUCUCCAGUCAUGGCGGGAGAGCUCGCUGAACCACGACCGGUUCUGGGGACCCAACGGACCGCAGCCCCUGCCCAAGCCGCCCCGUCCGUCGCUCGACCCGAAACAGAGCGCAGUCGGGUCGGCUUCUUCCCUGGCUGAAAUGGGUGCUCUCGUUCUUUCCACUAGCGACCCCGCUUCGAAGUCCGAGCUUUCCCAUCUCGCGUAUUGCAGGUGGCGGAGCGAGAAUCUGCCUGUUGGGGUCUCUCGGCCCCCUGAUAGACCGGCCAGGCCUGCGAAGCCUGAAUUGGUUUCCCCAAAGGAUAUACCGCCCCCUAAAGAAUCAGGAGUACCGCUUAAUGCCUAUAUGCUGCAUAAUCUUGCUCAUGUGGAGCUGAAUGCAAUUGAUUUGGCAUGGGAUACUGUGGUUCGGUUUUCACCUUUCUUCGAGACUCUUGGGGAAGGAUUCUUUGCGGACUUUGCUCGCGUUGCUGAUGAUGAGAGUCGCCAUUUUGCUUGGUGCUCUCAGAGGCUUCUGGAGCUUGGAUUCAGGUAUGGAGAUAUUCCUGCUCAUAAUUUGCUUUGGAGAGAGUGUGAGAAAUCCUCUGAUAGUGUUGCUGCUCGUUUGGCAGUGAUCCCACUAGUUCAGGAGGCCAGGGGGCUUGAUGCUGGGCCACGUUUGGUGCAAAAAUUGGUCGGCUUCGGUGACAACAUGACAUCUAAAAUCGUGGGUAGGAUCGCUGACGAGGAAACAGCUCAUGUAGCCGUUGGUGUCGAUUGGUUUAUCUCUGUUUGUCAGAAAAUGAACCGUGCUCCUUGCUCCACUUUCAAAGACAUAUUGAGAGAGUAUGGCGUAGAGUUGAAGGGCCCUUUCAAUUAUUCAGCUCGAGACGAAGCUGGUAUUCCUCGUGACUGGUACGCAUCAUCAUCAACAAAUAAGCAAGAUAGGAAGGAGCAGCUUUCUGUGGUAUACGAUAGGCUGGCUCACAUCAUAUCCAUGGAGAGUGAGAACUCUGGUUCAAGUGGACCCACCAGAUGAUUCGAUCAGAUCAGGUGAAACAAGUUCACUCAUAUGACUGUGGCAAUUGCUUGGGUGCGAAUAUUUUCUACCACUGACUACAUACAUCAGCGGCGGUGUGGAACGCCGGGUGACAAAUGACUACUUGCUAUUGGGAACUUUAAGGAAAAUCUUUCUUUAAAUCAGCAACUAUCUCGGCAAGCAUGGUGUUCUGUGCCUUUCUCCACAGUCCUAUUGAGAUGUAAAUACUACAUAAGUUAAUAUUUCGUAAAUUUGCUGUUGCACCCUUUUAAUUAUUUUUUUCUUUUUUAGCUUUUUUGGACAAGCUAGUACUAGUAGGAUACAAGGGAACUUUGCCGUGUGAUGUCUGCCAGCUUAAAGCCGUGUGCACUUUCUGCUUUUCUCCU